AUGGCGAACCCGGAGGUCAACUUGCUGUUCCACCAGCCAAUUGCAGACCAUUCGUUCUCGGCAGACCGCAAUGUCCUUGCAGUUACCAGAGAUAACUCCGUCGAGCUCUACGAACGACAAGGCCACGGCUUUGUCUUGAAGGAUGAACUUAAGGGACACGACAAAGUUGUUACUAGUGUCGAUAUUGCCCCUAAAAGUGGCAAGAUCGUAACUUGUUCGCAGGACCGAAAUGCUCUCGUUUGGGAACCAUCUCCGACUGGCUGGCGUCCAACACUCGUCCUUCUCAGAAUCAACCGGGCCGCUACUUUUGUCCGUUGGUCUCCCUCGGAAGCCAAGUUUGCUGUUGGGUCUGGUGCUCGGGUUAUUUCAGUUUGCUACUUCGAAGAGGAGAAUGACUGGUGGGUGUCUAAGCACUUGAAGAAGCCAAUUCGCUCUACUAUUCUCUCGUUGGACUGGCACCCGAACUCAGUCUUGCUCGCGGCUGGGUCUGCCGAUGCCCAUGCUAGAGUAUUCUCUGCCUUUAUUAAAGGCGUUGAUCAGAAACCGGAACCUUCACCAUGGGGUGAAAGACUCCCAUUUAACACGGUUUGUGGCGAGUUUUUGAAUAACAGUGGUGGAUGGGUUCAUGAUGUUGCUUUCAGCCCCAGUGGCAAUGCAUUGGCUUUCACUGCACAUGACAGCAGUGUCACGAUUGUGUAUCCAUCCGGUCCCGACCAACCACCACAAGCAAUUAUGAGUGUUAGCACCCACCAACUGCCAUUCACCACACUAACAUGGAUUACCGAAGAGGAAAUUGUGGCGGCGGGUCAUGAUUGUGAACCUUUCCGUUUCCGCGGUUCUAUCGACCAAGGCUGGAGUUCAGUUGGUGCGCUUGACUCCUCUAAGUCUCGAUCUUCGUCUAUCGCUCGAGAAUCUUCUGCUCGUGACCUUUUCAAGCAGAUGGAUUUGAAGGGGAAGACUGUUCACUCUGCGACCGCAGACGACAUCCAACUCAAGACAAUUCAUCAGAACACUAUUACGGCUAUCCGGCCUUACGCAGGAGAUGCCGCCCAGGGUGGCGUCAAGCAGAUCAGUUCGAGCGGGGUAGACGGUCGCAUCGUUAUCUUCCCAAUUGGAGGCGCUCGACCUACUUUUACGCAUUGA